UGUGGAAUAAGACACUUAAAGUGGAGCCGGACUCUGAAGACACGCUUUUUUGGACACUAAUAUUACGAUAAUCUUUUUAAAACUUUUCUAUCUACUGCAUUCUUUUUAGGAAACACAUUUUAUUCUUUAUUUUCUGCCGGUCAAGCGAAAAGGUGAAAUAUCCCCUCCAAGAGUUUUUAUUAACUUAUUGAAAAAAAAGUCACAAUGGCAGAGACGGCCGCUCCAGCAAAGGCGAAAAGGGCAUCAAAACCCAAGAAGCCCGCCUCGCAUCCCAAAUACUCGGACAUGAUUAAAGCGGCUAUUGUUCACGACGCGAGCCGGAGCGGAGCGUCCCGACAGUCCAUCCAGAAGUACGUGAGGAAGAACUACAAAGUGGGCGACAACGCCGACGUCCAGAUUAAGAUGGCCCUGAAGAGGCUGGUGGCGUCCGGGAUGCUGCGCCACACCAAAGGCAUCGGCGCGUCCGGAUCCUUCAGGCUCACCAAGCCGGAGGAUACGAAGAAGCCCGCCGCCAAGGCUGCGUCCGCACCCAAGCCCAAGAAAGUGGUCAAACCCAAACCCAAGAAGGCGGCCAAGCCCAAAAAGGUCACCAAGACGCCGGAGAAACCCAAGAAAGCGGCCGCUAAGAAAGUGAAAAAGGUCGCAAAGAAGGUGACGCCUGCGAAAGCCAAAAAAGCGCCGGCGAAGAAGCCGAAAGCAGCCAAGCCCAAGGCGAAACCGGUGAAGAAGGCAGCCAAGCCCAAAGCCAAGACCCCCAAGAAGGCAGCGAAGACUGCAAAAAAGAAGUGAACGGACUCUUUCAUACAAACUUUCUGUAAAUACCUGAAGAAGUUUUUUUUUUUCGUAUAUGUAUUAUUUUUGUAAGAUCUCAUGCAAAUCCUGCUGUUUAUACCUGUAGUUUUUCUUUUUCCAUUCAUUGCAACAUAGCAUAGACUGUAAAACUAAUGGUGUUGAUUUGUUUUUCUGUUUAUAGUUGAUUCUGAUCCUGAAGUCUAGGAUCUUACUGAGAAGAAAAAUGUAUAUAUAUUAUUAUAAACAAAAAAUUAGACUAAUGAAUAGUUCUUGAUAGUGCAUGGAUCCAUCCAGCAAACACGUCUUUGAAGAGUGAAGCCUUUUCAAUGUAUAGACCAUGGACAUCAGCAACAUUUCUACAGGAUCCACAUCAAUAUGUUAAACCACCCUAAAGCCUAUUUGCAAUGUAUGUAAUAAAAAAAAACAACAGUUUGGA